UAAACAUCCUAGCUAGCUUUGCGAAAAGAAAAUCUUAACCCAAGCUACUUAACUAACCCGGAACUUUAAUAUAGUCCAUAAAACGUAGAACCCGGUAGAGUAACUGUUUUAUAGUUAGCACACACACUUAUCUAGGAAUUGUUGACUUUUUUAAAGCUGACUUUGCUCCUUCCGAGUGGCUGCAAAUGUUCGUCGCGGCGAGGGCAACGGUUCCUACGGGGGGGAAAGCUUCGACUUGUCUUUUCUAAAUCAGCCAGCGUAGUGGAGUCCACGGGUGCCAAAAUGCCGCAGCAGAAAGACAUAGUGAAGAUAGCCAUCCAGAUGCCGGGGGCCUACCCCCAGCUCAUACGACUGGACCAGAAAAAGCCCCUGUCGGCUGUCAUAAAGGAGGUCUGUGAUGGCUGGAAUCUCCCAGGUCAUGAGAACUAUGCCCUGCAGUAUGCCGACGGAGUGCAGACAUACAUCACGGAAUCGAAUCGUCUGGACAUUAAGAACGGUUGCAUUCUACGUCUCACCAAGGCCCCGGGGCGCUGUGCCGAGGACUUGUUCAAGGGCAUCCAGAGCUCGGACUUGGGCGUGCGAUGCGAUUCGCUGAAGCAACUGGCGAGCGUCGCCACCGACGUGACCUUCGCUCAGGAGUUCAUCAGCCGAGACGGACACAUCUUAUUGGUCAAGAUAGUGGAGGAUUCUAACGAGGGUGUUCUGAUCAUGACCCACACGCUAACAGGCUUCAUGGAGCUAAUGGAUCACGGAAUAGUGUCUUGGGAAAACCUCUCAUCAAUCUUCAUCGAGAAGAUCGCUAGUUUUGUCAACACCAAGGUGGCGGAUGCGUCAAUCCAGCAGGUGUGCCUGGCCAUCCUGGAGAGCAUGGUCCAGAGCAGCUACAGCCUCUUCCUGCAGGUCAAACAAGUGGUCACCAUGGAGAGGCUCAUCUCGCACCUCCAGACGACCAAUCAGCAGAUCCAGACCAAAGCAAUGGCUCUGCUCAUGGCUCUGCUGCAAACAGCGGGGGAUGCCGACAGACAGGAGAUGUUUGCAUACAUCAAUAAGAAGAAUCUCCGUCAGUACAUCUACAAGAACAUCAUCCACAGUUCGGUUUCGGUCCAGAACGAGAUGGCCCACUACCUGUACGUCCUCCAGUCGGUGACCUUGAAUCACCUGGAGCCGCGAAUGAGGACGCCGCUGGACUGUUAUAGCCAGGAGCAGCGGGACAUCCUUCACGGUCUACGGCAGGCGGCCUUUGAGACGGAGAGUGAAAACAGUCUGAGCCACGAGAGGAGACGUUCCCUCUGCGCCAAAGAGUUCAAGAAGUUGGGCUUCUCCAACAAUAGCAACCCCGGUCAGGAUCUGGUGCGAACGCCUCCUGGUCUUUUGGCUUUGGACACCAUGUUUUAUUUUGCCACUCGGAACCCCGACGCGUACAGCAGGUUUGUGUUGGAGAACAGCAGCAGGGAGGACAAACACGAGUGUCCGUUCGCCCGGAGUAGCAUCCAGCUCACGCUCAUCUUGUGUGAAAUCCUCCGCAUCGGGGAACCCCCCUGCGAGACGGGAUCCGACUACCACCCCAUCUUCUUCAGUCAGGACCGUCUCCUGGAGGAGCUCUUCUGCGUGUGCAUCCAGCUGCUCAAUAAGACUUGGAAGGAGAUGAGAGCCACUCAGGAGGACUUUGACAAGGUCAUGCAGGUGGUCCGGGAGCAGAUCACGCGCACGUUGUCCACCAAGCCCACCUCGCUGGAGCUCUUCAAGAUCAAAGUCAACGCCCUGAACUACAGCGAGAUCCUCAAACUCAGGCAGACGGAACGACUGCACCAGGAAGAGACGCUUGCCCCGCCCGUACUUGAACUCAAAGAGCGUCUGAAACCGGAGCUGCUUGACCUGAUCCGUCAGCAAAGACUCAACAGGCUUUGCCAAGGAACCAUGUUCCGAAAGAUCAGCAGCCGACGCAGACAGGACAAACUGUGGUACUGUCGUUUGUCACCAAAUCACAAAAUGCUGCAUUACGGCGACGUGGAGGAGGACGCGGAAAACCCCCCUAUUGAGACCCUUCAGGAAAAGAUUCCGGUGGCGGACAUUAAAGCCGUGCUAACGGGCAAAGAUUGUCCCCACAUGAAGGAGAACAAAGGCAAACAGAACAAGGAGGUGCUGGACCUGGCCUUCAGCAUCACCUACGACGUGGAGUACAGCCUGAACUUCAUCGCCCCGUCCAGAACCGACUUCUGCCUGUGGACCGACGGACUCAACGUCCUCCUGGGCCGGGAGAUGAGCAGCCAAUCCAUGCGCAGCGAGCUGGAUAUCCUACUCUCCAUGGAGAUUAAGCUCCGCCUCCUGGAUUUAGAGAACGUACCCAUUCCCGACACGGCGCCCGUCGUUCCCAAACCGCCCAGCAACUACAAUUUCUGCUACGACUUCAGCCAGACGGAGCAGUAGAGUAGCUGUAUGGAAAUAUAUCAUGUGUGUUUUUUUUUUAUGCAUUCAUAUUUUUUUUUUUACUUAACGACCACAAAAACACGAAUUGCGAUGCUGAUGCUGCUGUGCUCGUCCCAAAUAGCGUGACUGAAUUGUUUCAAGUAAUCUCCAGACAAAACCAUCAAGUUUUCAUGUAAAGGAAGUAGAGCCCAUGAUCUUAAAAAAAAAAAAAAAACUGUACUUGAAUUUUUUUAUAACAAUUAUACUACGUUUUACCAAUAAUAAUAAUAUGUUUGAUUUAGGAACUAUUCCUGCAUGUAAUUGAGUAUUAACAACGUGGAUGUUAAAUUGGCCCUAUUAAGACCGAUGGUACACAUUAGAGUACAGAACAUACUGCAGGUACUGCAGUACUUGGUAUGAUGUAAUGUAUUUUAAACGGGAAUGAAAUGUUGCAGACUUCACUACAGUCGUUCUGUGUGAUGGGAACGUGAUUAAAUUUGCACACUUUGGAUGUUUUUAACGUGCAUUUGUCAGGCCACUCGGCUUUAU